AGCGGCCCCCUCAUCAUCCCUCUCCGCCUUUCUUCCGCAGGGAAGUGCCGAGGGCUCCGCACCGCGCGGAAGCUCCGCAGCCACCGCCGCGACCAGAAGUGGCACGACAAGCAGUACAAGAAGGCCCACCUGGGCACGGCGCUGAAGGCUAACCCCUUCGGCGGUGCCUCUCACGCCAAGGGGAUUGUCCUGGAGAAAGUUGGAGUAGAAGCUAAACAGCCCAACUCUGCCAUCAGGAAAUGUGUUAGAGUCCAGCUGAUUAAGAAUGGUAAAAAAAUAACAGCUUUUGUUCCCAACGAUGGCUGCCUGAACUUCAUUGAGGAAAACGAUGAAGUUCUGGUUGCUGGUUUUGGUCGGAAGGGCCAUGCUGUUGGUGACAUCCCUGGAGUUCGCUUUAAGGUUGUGAAAGUAGCCAAUGUUUCUCUGUUGGCCUUGUACAAGGGCAAGAAGGAGAGACCAAGAUCAUAAAUUCAGAUUAAACUGACAAGAAUGUCAAUAAAAUUUUUGAUUGGAAAAA